AUGUCCUGUGCAGCGAGCUACUACUUCUAUACUGCAUCCACUAAUAGUGAGUCUAUGAUCAAGGAUACAGUGAGGAUACCUAUUAGUUUGAUGCUGGCAGGUUUCAGAUUACUUCGGUUUGGUAUGGUACUAAGUGGUGAACAUAUUGAUCCUAUUGAUGGUAUACCGAACAAAACAUUAAAAAACAAGGCCCUUUGUGGUCUAAAUAUUAUCCUAAUAACGAGGCUGGUUAUCAUUCCUUCCUUUCUACCAACUGGUAUUGGUUAUUACGACCUGAGUAUCAACUACAUCAAUAGAGUAUUCCAUUACCUGGAUUCGGAGAUCCGUCCUAACCUAGGGCCAAAGCCUAUUAGGUACAGCCUAUCCAGGGGAGGCCUAUUGGCGUCUAUUAAGGCAUGCCAGGAAGCUUAUUGA